UGCCGUUAAAGGGAAGGCCGGUGAUGAUUUAAUAGCGACUGUAUCGCCAACGCCAUCUACCGCAGCGCCGACUUCACUCUGGGCCUCCGAUUGGACAUCGUGAUAGCGAUACACCCCGAGUGGAAGCGAGUGAGAGAGUGUGUGAGUGUGUGAGAGAGGGAGAGAGAGAGAGAGAGAGAGAGAGAGAGAGAGAGAGAGUGAGAGACUCCCUGUUUGAAGUGCACAUUUAUAUUUUUUGCUACCCCUCCUCCGAUGGAUGAACAAUGGAGACGCCGUCAGCCGAAAUUUCUGGCGACCCUCCUCUUUUCCCACGCGCUGCAUCAUUGUUGACGAUGCCCUCGCUGUUGUUGUUUUGGUUGUUGUGUGGGAGGCCAGGGACGGGCCUGAUGCGCCGCUAGAAAAGCGCACUCGUCUUGUGCCGGUCUUCUUGUCCUCUCAGGAGCGGGCAGAUGUGCGCGGAGACAUGGUGACGCUCCCGGCUCUGGCGCACUACUGGCCUCUGGUGCGGUUCCUCGUGCCGCUCGCCAUCACCAACAUCGCCAUCGAUCUCGGCGAACAGGCUUUAAAUAGAGGGAUCGCAACAGUCAAAGAAGAUGCGGUGGAAAUGCUGGCCAGUUACGGCUUGGCAUAUUCCCUAAUGAAAUUCUUCACUGGACCUAUGAGCGAUUUCAAGAACGUGGGAUUGGUGUUCGUCAACAGCAGACGUGACCGAAUCAAAGCAGUCUUGUGCAUGGUCGCUGCUGGAACUAUAGCCAUCAUCUUCCACACACUGAUAGCCUAUACGGACCUCGGCUACUACAUCAUUAACAAGCUGCAUCAUGUGGACGAUUCGGUGGGCAAUAAGACCAGGAAGGCUUUUCUCUACCUGGCUGCAUUUCCUCUACUGGAUGCCAUGGCCUGGACCCAUGCUGGAAUCCUACUAAAGCACAAGCACAGUUUCCUGGUUGGCUGCGCCUCUAUCUCUGACGUCAUAGCACAGAUUGUAUUUGUGGCUAUCUUGCUGCACAGUCAUCUGGAGUGUGUGGAGCCAUUGUUGAUUCCCAUCUUGUCUCUGUACAUGGGAGCUUUGGUGCGUUUCACCAUUGUCGGACUGGGCUACUACCGAAACGUUCACGACAACAUCCCGGAGUCCAGCGGCCCCGAAGUCGGGGGUGAUGCCACUAUUAAAAAAAUGCUGAAUUUUUGGUGGCCCCUAGCCCUGAUCUUAGCCACACAGCGGAUCAGCAGACCCAUCGUCAACCUGUUUGUUUCCCGUGACUUGAAAGGCACUUCUGCAGCCACUGAGGCAGUUGCAGUUUUGACAGCUACGUAUCCUGUGGGCCACAUGCCGUACGGGUGGCUGACUGAACUCCGUGUUAUUUACCCAGCCUUCGAUAAGAACAACCCAAGCAAUAAGUUGGUAAACUGUGGCACGACCGUCACCAAGUCACACAUCAAGCGUUUCACGUUUGUCUGUUUGGCUCUGUCGAUUACACUCUGUUUUGUGGUUUUCUGGACACCGCACAUCUCUGAGAGGAUCCUGGUGGACAUCAUUGGAGUGGAUCAUGCUUUUGCUGAGCUCUGUGUUGCCCCAUUACAAAUCUUCUCUUUCUUUCCUAUACCAGUGACUGUGCGUGCUCACCUAACGGGCUGGCUCAUGACCCUGAAGAAAACCUUCGUCCUGGCACCAAGCUCUGUGUUGCGAAUCAUCGUGCUCAUCACCAGCCUCAUCGUGCUGCCCUACAUGGGGGUGCAUGGAGCUACUCUAGGGGUUGGAUCUCUCUUAGCUGGCUUCCUUGGAGAGUCUACGAUGGUAGCGAUCGCUGCCUGCUACGUCUACCGAAAACAGAAAAAGAAUGAUUGCGUUGGGGAGGUGACCGUCGAGGGGGAGGACUCGGCUCAGAUGAACGAGGUGCGCUCUGGUCGCCGGCUAGAUGACAUCGUGGAGCUGAGAGAGGAGGACGAGGAAGAAGAGUGACGUGGUGAUUUUAAGAGACGUCAGCCUCGUGUGCAUUCCUCCUGGAUAUGUUCAGUGCACAUGGGAGGACAUGUUGAGGAGGGAAACCAGGGUUUUUAUUUUUGCUUUGCGAGGCAGUGUUUGAAUCGCUUACUGCCUCCUAUUGCUGCUCUUUCCCUUUUUCGCAAUGUGCACAUGGAGGAUGCUUAAAAAAAAGGGAGCUGUAGUUAGAAAUCAUGAAAGACCAAAAGGACACAAAUGUCUAAUUGUAUUAAAUAUCAUUCAGCCGCACACACACGUACAGCUCAGUAAAUGUUUUCCAGCUGUCGUCGGGAACCUCUGCGUGGAGGACAGAGAAGAUAUCGAUUUGUACCAAAGCAAUGUCACGUGCUAACUGCUUUCCUUCUAUGCUCUAAACUCUACUGUGCUACCGUCCUUAACCUUUAUGAACCCUGACCUGGAACGAAUACACAAAUACUACACACAUUUCAUUUUCUCAGAAACUUCAAGAUCACUGGUUGUUGCAUACGUUGCCAAACAUACGAGAAAAGAAGAUAUUACCUUCCCAGGAUUUCUGUUAACAGAUGUUGCUGCACAGCUGAGAGCUUUUAUCCUAGAAAUGGAAAAUAGAGUUAAUAUACAGACACACACAUAUACAUAUCUAUAUAGACAGAUUUUAAUUUUAAUCAGAUUUGAGUGUGUAUUAGAUUAAUAGUAUGACUAGAUGAAUAACAGAAUGGCUUCAGUGUGACAAGUGGUUGAUUUUUUAGAGGCACUAUUUUUUAAUAUGCAAUGUCAUAGGUGUUUAAACUCUGGUACCUUUUUGUAUGAGUGACAUGAGGUCUGAACGUAGCGGGAAAGGGAAGGUGGAUAUCACGUUCGUUUUCUUUUCAUGCUCAUGUCUGUUGCAGUAUUUUUAAGAACAGAAAGACUUUAUUUAAUUCGGGCAUUUAUUUACUAUCUGCAAGAUGUUCGUUAUUGAGAUCAGUAUAUUAAGCACUAUGGAGUACGAGUGAUCUUCCUUCUCCUGUCCUACUCUUCUGUAACUAUAGGUUUCUGCACAAGUAUUUAUGAUGUCUACGGCAUUCGUUUGUUUGAUUUUGUUUGUGAUGACCAACGAUGUCCUGCCAUGAUCCUUUGGUAUUAUUAAACGUUGCUGCUUGAUCCAAAGCAGAGGAAAUGCACAUUAGACAUUCAGACCUGUUCCAGUCAUCCAGUUCAGACGAUGACAGCUUUAUUCCACAGAUUAAAAGGUGACAAUGUGGUUCAA